AUGUACAAACCUGGCUCAGCUCCAAUAACAGUUUUGUUUUAUGAUGAUCUGGUUUCAAUUUUGGAGUACUUAACAAUUUUAAACUCAGACAUCUUAUUGAAGGGUGACUUCAAUUUGCAUGUUGAGAGAACUUCUGAUCCCCGAUCUAUUCGUAAAUCAUGUCAACGUUCCUACACAUAUCCUAGGAGGUACAUUGGAUUUAGUUAUGAUGACAGCAUCAUUGAAGCUGACAUUUUUAUCAGUCCUCCUGCUGAUGGAAUUAAUUCAGAUGAAGAUGAUGUAUUGGAUGAAAUAUAUGAUCAAGGAUCAUUCGGUGAUCUACCUGCACGACAAUUACUGAGUAAUGCUGAAGUAACAAUAAAACAAAUUGGUGUAUCUAAAAAAAUUGGCAUUAAUGUGAAAUCAUGUGAAAGUGAAAUUUUCAUAUCUCAAAAUUUAAAAAAGAUAAAAAAAUCAAGACAAUGGAAAAAAUUUGAUAUGUGUAAAAAAUCUUCAAAUUUUAAGAAUUAUCCAACACCAAUUCAAGCAUUUUUAGAAGAAGAUCUGCCUCCUCAUAUGUUGUUUUUUCAAUGA